GAGUGUUGUGUUGAAGUGGCGCUGAUGUUUUCGCCUUCCCCAUUUUGUUCAUAUAAAGCUUCGCCAGAUCCUGAAUCUUCUUCUCAUUUCUCCAUCAAUGGCAGGAUUUUUGUCAACUCUUAGGCGUCUCUACCUCACCAUUUACAAUUGGACUCUCUUCUUCGGAUGGGUUCAAGUCUUCUAUUUCUGUAUCAAGCAAUUGAAGGAAUCUGGUCACCAACAGGUCUACAAUGCCGUUGAACGCCCUCUUCAGUUUUCCCAAACCGCCGCUGUUUUAGAGAUUCUCCAUGGCCUCGUUGGUCUUGUGAGAUCCCCUGUAACAGCAACAUUACCACAGAUUGGUUCAAGAUUGUAUGUGACUUGGGGCAUCUUAUGGAGUUUCCCCGAGGUGAGAAAUCAUAUACUCGUUACCUCCUUGGUUGUCAGCUGGUCCAUCACAGAGAUUAUCCGCUAUGCAUUUUAUGGCAUGAAGGAGACGUUUGGUUUUGCACCGUCGUUGCUUCUAUGGCUAAGGUAUAGCACAUUCCUAUUGUUGUAUGUAACUGGUAUCAGUAGUGAAGUUGGUCUGAUCUAUCUGGCUCUUCCUUACAUGAAGGAAUCUGGGAAGUAUUCAUAUAGGAUGCCAAACAAAUGGAACUUCUCGUUCGAUUACUUCUAUGCAGCGAUACUUGUCCUUGCAAUCUAUGCACCAGGAAGUCCUCAUAUGUAUAGCUACAUGCUUGUUCAGAGAUCAAAAGCUCUCUCAAAAUCCAAAAAAGAGUAGAAAGAACCAAGGCUAAUGUUAUCCUAUUCACUUUUUCUCAAUUCAGUGUACUUUUAGAAUAUUUAUCUCUGAUUUUUAUUUUUUUAUUUUCAUAAUCUUUUUCA